CACAGCCAUGUCUCACGGGUUUCCUAAAGAGCAGGUGGAAGAGUUCCACGCAGCCUUUGAUAGGUUUGACAAGAAUAAGGACGGCCACAUCAGUGUCCAGGAACUGGGCGAUGUGAUGAAGCAGCUGGGCAAGAACCUCUCAGAGGAAGAGCUGAAGGCGCUCAUCUCCAGGGUGGACACAGACAAUGAUGGCACCAUCAGCUUCGACGAAUUCUUGGCAGCCAUGGCCAAGUACAAGAGAGGGAGCACGGAGCAGGAGAUGCGGGCGGUGUUCAGUGUCUUUGACAAGGAUGGUGACGGGCACAUCACUGUGGACGAGCUCAAGCAGGCCAUGACGCAGCUGGGAGAGGAGAUUUCGCAGGAGGAGCUGGACGGCAUGAUCCGGGAGGCUGAUGUGGACAAGGAUGGGAAGGUGGACUAUAACGAGUUUGUGCGCAUGCUCCAGGAGAAGUGA